AUGGCUGCCCUGCAAGAAAGGAAAUUACAAGAAGGGCAACAGCUCUUGAAAGAAGCGGAAAAAUUGUAAGUCUUUUAUUGAUUUCACAGUUUCAGACAUCGAGUAUACAAAGAUCAAAGUACACAUCUUCGAUUUGUAAGGGCGAGAAACCAGUGUCGAUGUAUAAGCUUAGCUUCAGUUAAAGAAUGAAUUAAAGACGACAAUUUGUUUUUCUCGUCGUCAUAUAUUUUCUAAAGGUAUUUUUUCCUCGAUGGUCAUUGUCCUUCACUCUUUUCCAGCACACCCACCUCCCUCCCCUUCCCGGGUGCUAGCCUUAUUUACUUUUGCAGGUUUUGAAAGUGAUAAAUCAAACCGUAAAGCAUUUUCUUAGUUAGAAGUAACUGUAAGGUUGUUAUAAGCUUGCUGUUACUAUAGAGCUAUAGCUAGGAAAGCUGCAUAUUUGAAAUAAUAAAAACUAUUGAAUUUCUUAUGACAUGCACACGGCUUAUGUAUAAACCACUACAGUCUCCUUAACACUAGCUCUUUUCCAAGGCUAAUUGUACAGCUUAUCUAAUCUAGUGGGGGAUAAUGGGAGUGAGUGGUCUGUUAUAUCGUUUUUCUCCUCUUCUAAUUUCCUUCUUUUUCUCCUUGUUUCAAUAGGCACAUAUUUCGCGAUUUGGGAAAUGUUAUCUUUUGAAUCACUUUAAUUUUGCAUUUUUUUGGACCACAAUUUACUUUUCACUGGCGAUGUUGUCUAAGAUGUCCUUUAAUUAAAUAAAACGACUUUAUCAAAGAAACAAUAACGUCUAAAUUAAGAAAAAUACAAGGGCAGAACUCUAUGUCAAUUGUAAACAACAAAGCAGUUCGCACCAUUUUAAGUCCAUUGGCCACAACAUCCAUUUACACCAAAAAUUCGUUUGUAAAGACUGAACGGAGAAAAAAUGAACAGUAAAAAUGUGAUUUGGAAACAUUUCACUGGUAAUAAACUCAUUCUUUUUUUUAUAUUGACUUUAUAACAUGAGUGUCACAUAAUUCACUUAAUUUCACAACACUUAUUGUUCGCGUCACUUUAAUUUCACGUGUUGUUUUUGUAUCGCAAAAUUCGUGAAGUUAAUGUGUCGUGAAAAUUUCUUGUAAUAACGUAAUACAAAAAAGGGAUUUCUGAGGGUUUUAGGACCAUCACGUUGUGACAUUGUAACAUCGACCCAGGGGAGGUUUUGCGUCCAGCGGUUUUUAGUAAAAUCAAGGGUUUGUGGGGGUUGCUCAGUCUCGCAGGCUUACAAAACCUCCAUAGGACGAUCUUAUUUUGUAUUUGCCGUAAUGCAGAUGAGCAGAUUUUCUUACUGGGGGAAGUGGCAAAAAAAGAAAAAAAUUAUCUAAGCUAUUAGACACAUGCGGAACAUUUUCUGAGGGGAUAAAUAUUUUUUUCAAUGUAUUUUACUGAGUUCUUUGGGGGGAAAUGAGCAUUUUUCCACGGGUUAGGAAUUUUUCUCAUUACUUCAAUCAUUAGCGGUUAGGGAUGUGAGCUAGGUGUAUGUUAAUGGAAUGGCCCUAACAGUGGCAAUCAAUUCAGUUUUCAUCAGAAAUACUGUAUGUUUGCCAGGUUUUAUUAGCAGUGGCUCACUUACCAUAGGUCUGUUCAGAGCUGAAUGGGCCUUGGGGUGAGGGCAGGCUCACUUUUGAACAGUAAAUAGUCACAAAUCAUACUUAAUCAUUAGUUUCAACAUAUUUGCCUCUUAAGUAUGAAGACUAGUUGGUUGAAAUGGAAGCCAGACUGGGAUAGUGCUGCUGAUAAAUUCAUGAAAGCUGGUAUGUAUUGCAUUACAUCUUAAAAAGCUGUCUUCCUCUAUACCUGUAAUCUGAGCAACAAGAUUACUGGUACAGGACUACGUCUUUGCAGCAUCUUUUUAAAUUGUUGUUAUUUUAGAACAAAUGUAAGAAUCUUUUUUCCAACAAUAUUUAUAAUAUUUAACUUGAUUGUCACACAAACGAUUUCCCUAUAUUUCUAAUUUAAAAGCCAACUUGACAUUAUGAGUUGCCUGCACACACAGACUCUUGUAUACUUUUAUAUUUCCCAUUUUCUCAUUUCUUUCUUUUUAGUUGAAAAAUAUAUCCUGAAUAAAAUGUUAUUUAAUUCAAAGGGCAUUUUUUAUAAUUUAUUAGUUUCACUAUCAUCUUACCUUAUCCCCAUUUAUUUCUUAAUUCUUUUAUAAUUAAAAUUUAUUUAUUAAAAUAAAUCUGUACUGUACUCCAUAUCAAUUUAAAAAAAGUAAAGAACAAAAUACAGAUAUGUACAGCAUUUUUUCUUUUUUAAACUCUUCUAAAUCAAGUGCUUAUAAAUUUUUUACCUAAACAAAGUUUUAGAUGCAUACUAUAUGCCAUUUAACGCUGUCUUUAAUACUAAUAGUGAAGAUUUUUAUUAAUAUUAUUAAUUGUGUUGUUUCUGCAGGUACAUGUUUUAAAGCUGCCAAAUGUUAUGACAAGGCCAGCAAUGCUUUCAAAAAGGCAGCAGAUGCACACUACAGUUCUCAUGCGUAUCCUAAUUGAUACUCCCAAAAAUAGCUGAAUAUUUGUUUUACAGUGUAGUUUACGCUGAAGAGCAGCAGCUAGUUUUUUAGUCAGCAGAUGGACAUGUAUUUUUUCCUUGACACAGCUUGAUAUUAGACUGUUCCAUGCAGCUAAGUAAGUAUAUUUAGAUAGUUAAGGGUUUAAGCAUGUGCAGACUUCUCUUUUCUCUCCAAAGGAUCUUUGAACUGAAUAUUAGCUAUAAUUAAACCUUAAUCUAAAUUGGUUACUGUAUCAAUCCAUACAUGUAGCGAAUAAAGUGUUAGGAGAUAUGGGAUAUUAAAGUAAAAAUUCAAAUGUGGAGGCACAGGGGAUCUCUCUAAUUUUUAGGCCUGGCCUGUAAAAAUUGCUUUAAAGCAACAGAUGCUUUUCUGGAGGGGGCACUGAGAUGUGACUUACAGUUGAUUUUUACAUGUCAAUGAAAACAGUGUCUCAGUACCCGCAUAUUUUUUACAGGAGAUGGUCUGUUCAGAGUGUCAAUUUAUUAUGUGGUUCCAGGAUAUCACACUUGUCUUUGCAGCAAAUUAUAUUUUAAGUGAUUAAGUUUAUUAACCUUUUUUAAUGUAUGCCCAUCAUUUUGUUACCUCUUACUUCAUAAUUUGUCUUUUUUGGCCUUCUCUAUACACAGCACAUUCAUUACCGGCAAUAUCAUUUUAUUAAUUAUGUAAUUUAUGGUAUGAGAGUGUAAAGGGUUUGUAAUAAAAGAAAUACCACAGCAUAAUCUGUUGUUUGUAUCAACACAAUUCUCAACAGAGCAUUAGAACAGGCUGCCUCAGUUCAAAAAGAAAUGAAGAAUAUUUCAGAAGCUGUAUCACUAGUGGAAAGAGCAGUGUAAGACCAUAGUUAAUUAUUAAGGGGGCACUGUAAAAUGCAGACUGCGAUCUGUCACUGUGGACUAUUGUUUUUAGGGUUAGAAAACAAUAGGACUAUUGUGGUCACAUACUCAUUUGCAUAGUAAAAACAAUAGUCCGUAGUCUGCAUUUUACACCGCCCGGUUAAUGAAGUUUUUAAGAAAAAGAUCAUGUACACUGCAGUUGCUGAAUGGUAACAGAAAAAAUAUUGUGAUUGAAAGCAUUCCUGCUCAUGUUCAAAAAGGGUUUUAUUUUAAAUAAUGGAACUACUGAAAAUUCAGUAUUUGGUUGGCAACUACUAAAAAUGGUAUUGCUAAAAGAUUAUCAGCUUCAUCAACUGUGAUCACCUUAAAUGUCACUGUUCAAUAAAAUCUAGUUAAUUGGUGGUCUAUGGCAGAUAUAAAAGAAUCACUGUGAUAAUACUUUCCUCUUUAAUUCUUCUUAUUUUUUUUAAUCAUUUUUAUUACCAAGGCAUUAUGUACUAGCAUGCAAUUAAGCCUUAAUUAAUCUUACCAAUGAUUAUUUAUUACAGUCUAAGACAUACACUAAACAUUUUGAGCAGCAUUAAUGGCAAAGUUAAUUAAAUUAUGUUCAUGAAAAUAUAAAAUUAAUUAUUGUCAAUUCCUGUUCAGAAAACAAAAUUUUCAAAAUGGACCCUACUCUUGCGUUUCUUGCCAAGUGCAUCCAUAUACAGGAAAGCAAAAAUGGUAAAAUAUACAAUUUGUUUCAAAAUAUCUCCAGGCUAGUUUUGAUAUGGUUUUUAUAUUAUUGUUGUGUUUAAUGUAGUGACAUGUACAGACAGAGUGGUUCUCCAGAUACAGGUGCCCUAGCCCUUGUAAGAGGUGCCAAGUAAGUCCAGCUCUAUUACCAUAAACUGCCAUUUCUAAGACCUGGAUUUAUACGUUUUAGUAAGUGGUUUUUUGAGGGCUACAGUGCCGUAGCCAGACCAAACGGCCAACCGAGGCGGGCGGGAGUUGCUAGGGGGGUUCGGGGGCAUGACCCCCCCCGAGAAAUUUUGAACUUUAGUCUCUCGGAAAUGCGAUUUGCAGCGUUUUCUGGGCCUUUCGGUAACUUUUUUUCGAGUUAAUUUAAGUGGAAUUUAAAAAGCAAUAAUCAGAAACAAGCUACAUAAUCUGGGUGACCGUUAACCUCGCCAAUGGUUUUCAUCAGUAUUUGUUCAAAAAAAAUUUGAGUUAACGUACGUAGCCCCUUGAGAUCGAUGAUAUGGUAAUUUUUUCAUAGUAUAUUGACUGAAUUGCUGAAUUCUUUGUAAUAUCAUGAUGCGUUAAAAAUAUCCGAUGAUCGCUUAUGUAAAAUAAAAAUGAUCGGCGAAAUUCGUCAAAAUUUUACUGAGGCGAGUGCCUCGGUUGGCCUCAUACUAGCUACGGCGCUGGCUUACAUGUACAUCCAGGGGGACACAUUUUCUCUAAAAUUAUUCAACCUGCUUAAUAUUGACACUCUGUUGAUACAGACACUUUCUUAGGCCCCCCAGGUUUGACUGUACUGGUUUCAAACUUAUCUUCAAAAUGUCAUCAUAAAUCGAAUUCAUUUCAAUACAAGCCGGAGGGAGGCUUAUACAUUGUAAGCAGAUGUAUUUUUUAUUGGUCUACAACAGGUAGGGCUUAUAAGCGGAGAGGCUUAUAAGCAGUAGUUUACGGUAUCUAUUUUUAUAUUUAUGUAAAAGGUUCUAAGUAUUAAUUAUCUUUUUCAUUAAAUAGUUAUUUGUGUUCUUAGCAUAUAUUUUGAAAAAAUCUAAAAAAUGCAACAUUCAUUUCAAAUUAAUGAUCCUGACCAUUUCUUUCUAAAAAGAGAACGUUGCCUUUGGAGAAAAGUUUAAGUUAAACUUUUUUUAUUAAUUUUGUUCUUUUUGUCAAUGCUUGUAGGAUGUGUGAUUCAAGUGAUCCAGCUAAAGCUGCAGAGUUAUACAUUUUAGCCAGUGAAAUGAAUGUUGUACGUAUUUUGUAUUCAAAAGUUUCUCCAUUGAAAAUAGAUUAUUUGAGAUGAAGCCCCAGUACUGAUGUACAAAUGUAAUGCACAGGUAGUCAAGGUUAGAAGUGAUAUAUCAAGACUAGUAGGUACACAGUGUUCCUUCACCAGAUGAAACAUUAAGAGUUGAAAAUACGAUGCACAGCAUAGUAUUUUUGAUGAACUUCAAUGUAUUUCAUCUGGUGAUGAAAUGUUGAAUGCUUGAUAUUACUUCUCAAAAAAAUGAUUUAAGAAGAUGCAAAAGUGAGCAGUUUUUCAUCUGAUUUCCAAACACGCAGUAAAAUAAUAUUAAUACCUUGCACAAACUGAGUUAGAAGUCUGUUCCAAAGAUUGUGGAUUGAGUCUUUCCCAUUGGUUUAUGGCCCAUACAAUUCACACGUGGCCAUAUAUCAACAGGAAAAUCAAGGAUCCGUUUCUUUGUUGUUGUUGUGCAUGGGGAAGGGGGGCCAUUUAUUCAAAUGUGACCCACAAAAUUUGAAUUUGGAAAUGUUUGUUUUUAAGGAGAGGGGAAACCAGAGUACCUAGCGACAAACCUCUUGGAGUAAGGGAGAGAACCAACAACAAACUCAACCCACAUAUGGCAUCCACGCUGGGAUUUGAACCUGGGCCACACUGGUGGAGUCAAGUGCUCUCACCUCUUCCCCAUCCUUCUUCUCUGUUAUCAGUCAAUAUAUAUGUUAUAGAAUAGUAGAUGACAAGACUAAUUGAUUAUGACAAUUCUUUUCCCAUCGCAUUUUGAAGGCAGAGGACAAGAUUCGAGAGGGUAUUGAACCUUUGUCAAAAGCUGCAAACCUCUUUGUAAAGUUAAAAAGGUACAUAGAAUUCAUAGCCUGCGUUGCAGCCUGCCCACGUACUCGUGUAAACCAUUUGUAUAGUAGAGCGUCUGCGAUGCAGGCAAAGAAUUCAUUCUUUUCAGUUGUUGAAGGGGGAUGGGGGAACAAUUAGAAAAUCACGAAUGUCUCCAUGGCGUAUCUUUACGAGAGCCAUGACAGCUGCCAUGAAUCAAAGAGCGCUGGUUGAAUUCAUUCUUUUUUGUUGAAGGGAGAUGGGGGAACUAUUAGAAAUUCAGGAAUGUCUCCAUGGUAUAUCUUUCGCAGUCCUAUGACAGUUACCAUGACCCAAAGAACGCUGGUUGCUAGUUUAACCAUGUUAAAAUUAUUUCAUUCAGAAUUUAUUUUUAAGAGUUAAAUGUAUAACGUGCACAAUAGUUUUGUUGUGGAGUUAUUAUCCUUCUAUGUGAAUGUCAUCGUUCUUUAACACUAGCGCUGAAAUGAGUCGUGAACAUACGGACGUGUACUUUUUAAAAAUUUUUUGGAAUAUUUGUUAUUAUUCUGCAGAUUUCAGGAGGCUUUGAAUGUUUUCAAACAGCAGAUGAAACUGUACGAACAGGUGGAAAAUUUUCAAAUGAUGUACAAGGUAAUGCACCCUUGCUUAUUAGACUGAACAACUGACUCAGAACAUAGUAUAAUUAGCAUUGUUCGAUGUGUAACUUCUUACGUUGAGUGUUACGCCAAAAAAAUAAAAGAUAAAAAUUAAUUGUUAAGGCGUUAAGAUUGUUAGAUGUUGUGGGAGAGCAGUAAAGGCUUGGACAAAAUUGAUAGAUGAAGGAGUUAAUCUGAAAAAGAAAAAAGUGUCGCGUGGCAGAUAAUGUCCAGGGGCGGGUUGUUCAAAGCUAGGUUACGAUAACACAGGGUUUAUAGUGCGAAGUUCGAAUUCAACUGUGAAAGGUUAAAACGCAAUAUCAGUUCAAUUUUUAGUUUCACUUAUAAAUAGGAAAAACACUUGAUGAAGCUCUAUUAAGAAGGUCUGCGCCUACCUACGACACUAUUAAAACUGGUUGUAAAAAGUAUUUGCUUGUUUUUUUUUUUUUUCAAAUGUUUACAGGUUGUUCUUAGUAUGGUCGUUGUUCACCUUCACGAAAGCGAUUACGUAGCUGCAGACAACUGCUACAAGAAUUCUUUUGAGUAUGUUAUUGUAUAUAAAGUUGCACUUCAUGUUUUGACUUAAAAAUUUAAGAAUGUACUGUGUGGAUUGUUAAAGGUAAAGGUCGUUAUUUUACGUCGGUAACUGAAAUAGUGUUAGGGAGCUUAAGCAACAACGAAGGCGACGGCUACUAAAACGUUACUUAAAAAGUGAAUUCGCGAUGCCUCAAACUUUAUCGCGCUUAUUCCAUCUCGUUUAAUUCGACAAAUUCGUCGAAUUCUAAAGGACUGUAUCAAAGUUCAGGAAAGGGAAAAGAAAGUUGUCUUGCGUUCACGUCCUCGAGAAAACGUGAAAUGAGGAACCCAUUGCUUUUUUGCCGUUCUUGCUGCCGUCGCCGUUGCCGUUGCCGUUGCUUUUGCUCCCUAGUACUUACAUUAACAAACCUGUGGCUGACGGUGCGCUUAUUUUACCCCUCCCUCCCCCUUCUCUCCAUCAGUGUUCCGUUUCCCGGUAUUUAAAGCUACUUAAAGCCGCACUAAAGGAGAGAAUUCGAAACAAGGAUUUUGAAGUCUCACCUGGGAAUGGAACUCGGCCCGGAACCCCCUGCACAGAAGGCCGCGCACUAACCGACCGUGUUAAUCCUUGGAGAAUUGUUAAAGGAAUGUGAUUUCUAUUUUUCUUUUCUUCACAGCCGCAGGCGAGAGUAGAAUCUCUUUGUUAAAUAGCAGCCAUACAUCCCAUCAUAGCAAGUGUACUUAUUUUUCUCUUCAGGAUUCCUGGAUUCGGUGGCUCAGAUGAAGCAGUCGCCGCAGAAAAGAUUUUGGAUUGUUUUGACGGGGGCGAUGGUGAGGGAAUGAAAGCUUGCACAUCACAAGCUCUCUUCACCUACUUGGACAAUGAGGUUAAUAUUUAGAUGCUUCUACUACGACAUAAACUAAAAUUACAUGACGUUACGUAACUGUUAAGUCAAUAAAACCAGAAACGACAAAAUAACAGUCAGUAGUAUUGUGACGUUUCGAUUCUAAGUCUGGGUCAUCGGGGACGACUACUAGAACGAGAUUUUUUCAAUACCAAAUAGUGUGUGCACGUGAACCAGCGUCAUUUUGGCGGGAAAACGUGGUAGACAUUGUCAUUCUCGGAGACCCAGGGGCAGUCAGUUGUGGGUCGGGAGGAAAGGCGCGACGAACCGAGGAUGCGUAGUGAUGGAAUCAUUUUGCGAUCGGGAGGGCCUAAUCUCCUUCGAAAAAAAAUAACCCUGCUUACUUUUAUGGUGAAUAAAAAAGUACAAUGAAGAUUUCUGGCGUGUAUAUUUUUUUCACAAUACCGAAAAAACUUCAAGUUAAAUCUCGUCCAAGUUAUGUUUCUAGAAUUAUUUGUCGUUUUCUUUAUUUCCCUGACAAGUUUUUUUAAAAUUGCUUCUAUAAUCAUCACCUGCAAAAUCCUUUUAAAACAAGCAAGGCAGAACGGAAAUAUUCAUCUGUUUUACAGUUUUUAAAAUGACUUUUCAGAUUGCCAAGUUGUCCCGCAGCUUGCGUGUUCCAGGUGACACAGGUAACAAAGGAAAGACAGAGAGAAAAUCGACUCCAAACCCGAAUGCCUCUCUGAAAACCGAGGCACAAAUUCCCAACCCAGUGUCUACUACACCCGCCUAUCAGACAGAACAAGGGGGGAGCCAGGAGGAGCUCGAAGAUGAUCUUGAAGAAGGUGGACUUUGUUAGAGUGUUUUCUCGUAACAAAGCCUUACUCAGACAAAUAAUCGCAGAAGAUUAAGGAGAGACGCAUAGUCUUCCUCGCGCGCAGCCGUCACGCAGAAGGAGCCCAGGCAGGCAGCUGAUAGAAAUUUGGCAUAAUUGUCAGUGAGAAAUAAUUUAAAAGAUCUUCUGCCCACGCGGAACGCUGAGGUGAGGUCAUAGCUCACACAUUGUACUAAAAUUUAUUUUUAUGAUGAUAUUUACAUAAAUUACUGACAAUCUUUUGUGUAUUUUUAAAUCAGUUAUGGAUAACGAGUAAAGUUUCCAAAGAAACUAUUGUGGUUUGUCUUCAAGGGAGUGAAACACAUGUUAGAUUGCUUGUAAAUUGUCCAUUUAGGCUAUCCAAAAACGGAUUAGACCUAAGAAGCGAAAAAGACCUAUCAUGUGUAGCUUUUAAAAGUAAAA